AUGCCGCGGGGACAGGGGCCGCCGCUCGCAGCCCCCUCCCCGCACGGUCAUGGCGGCCCCCGGCCGCCCCCUGCUCCCGCGCCCGCCCCCGCCCGACUCGCUUUCUGCCUUUGCCUGGGUCUCUGCAUCGGGGGCCUCUCCGCCGCCCCAGACCCUGGCUGCCAACCCUGCGGCCUUGAUUGCGACUGCACCCCGGGGCCCGGCGGUGCCUGCAGCGUCAACUGCUCCGGCCGCGGCUUGCGGGGGCUUGGGCCCGAGCUGUCCAUCCCUCCCGACGUGACUUCGCUGGACGUCUCCGACAACUUCAUCAGCACGUUAGAGACGGAGUUCUUCGAAAACCUCUCUGCCUUGGUACAACUAGACAUCAGCAACAACAAGAUUUCGACACUAGAAGAAGGAAUAUUUGCUAAUUUAUUUAAUUUAAGUGAAAUAAGCUUGAGUCUGAAUCCAUUCAUCUGUGACUGCAACCUGUCCUGGUUCCCCAGCUGGGUGGAUGAGCAGAAGGUCAGUGUGGUUAAGCUGAGGGAGACUCGGUGUGCCCAGCCACCACACCUGGCAGAUGUCCCCAUCCUCAGCAUCUCCUUCUCUGAUGACACCUGUGAUGAGGAGUACAUUGCCUGCCUCCAGGACAACAGCUCAAGCACUAUGGCUGUGGUUAUCUUCUCUGCUGCCCAUGACGGUGUCCUGGCCCAGAACUUCUGCAGUGCCUUCUGUUUUUCCCUCGGUCAGGAGUAUGGGGGUCUCUCAGAGGAGGGCUACUGCUUCUGUGGUAAAGCACACUCCCCUAAUGCCUCCUCCAGCUGCCUCCUCUUCUGCCCUGGGUUCACAGCAUCUCCUGCUGCAUGCCGGGUACCCAUUAUUCUCCAUAAUGUCUUCCCUGCUUCCCUAGAAGCCUCACUCGUGGGGCCAGGGGUCCCUCAGCCUACUGACCACCUGGUGGCCUUCAAAGUAAGCACCCCACUUCCUGUCAACAACUUGCGCUGGGACUUUGGGGAUGGGACCUUGGCAUCAAUCACUGGCUCUGCCACAUCUCACCGAUUUUUUCUCCCUGGUCACUACAAUGUGACUGCUAUUCUGACCUUGGAAGCAAGGACAACCUUGCUGUGGACAGAGGUGCAGGUAGAGGCUGUGCCCACAGAACUAGAGCUGCUGUGCCCAUCUUGGCUGCAAAAUAAUGAAAGUCUUGAAUUUGAUAUCCGGAACCGAGGGGGCACUGGGCUCAGUGCCAUCUACAGCAUCAUGGCAGAGAACAAGCAGCCUGCCCAAGUGGUUCACCCCCUGUGCCCCUCAAGCACUGAGAUCUUCCCUGGGAAUGGUCACUGCUAUCGCUUGGUAGUGGAGAAGGCUUCGUGGCUCCAGGCCCAGAGGCACUGUCAAGCCUGGGGUGGGGGAGACCUGGCCAUUGUGGGCAGCCCUGAGAUCCAACACUUCCUGGUCUCCCAGGUCACCAGGAGCCUCGAUGUGUGGAUUGGCUUCACGGCCUUGACGGGUCCUGGGGUGCCGCCCCAUGGAGAGGCCUUCAGCCUGGAGAGCUGUCAGAACUGGCUGCCUGGAGAGCCACACCCCGCCAACGCUGAGCACUGUGUGCGCCUGGGCCCUGCUGGCCAGUGCAAUACCGACCUCUGUACGGCCACCCACAGCUAUGUGUGCGAGUUCCAACCCACAGGGGCUGUGUCUAAUUCGGAGAGUUUCUUUGUGGGUGAUGCCGGCUUGGAUCUACCAGGGCCCAUGAUUCCCAUGGAGGAGCAAGAUGCCCUCUCUGCCCCAGGACAUGAGACUGUGGAGGUGAUGAUUUUUCCUGGCCUGGUGCUGCAGCGGAAGGGUUUUCUUACUGCUGCUGAGUUUGGGACUCGGGACCUGACAGCGCCAGUGCAAAUGAAGCUUCAGGUGUAUCGUCCUGUGGGAGGAGGUAUCCCAGAGAACACCAGCCAACUUUCAUGCCCACCCCUAGACAACCAAACAUGGGUGCCCCUUGAGUGUUUGGCUGGGGAGUGCUGGUGCCCCUUGGCAAAUAUGUGCUUGCCUCUGGACAGUCCUUGCAGCAUAUCACCCUGUGCUAAUGAUUCCUCAUCUGAACAAGACAACCAUUGGUCCAGCUACUACUCACUUUGGAGGGAGUUCCUAUUCUCCAUCCCUGUGGGCCCUUCCUCACAAUACUCAGUGAGCUUCAGCAACAAGAAUCUCUCCUUGCUUCCUGGGGACCUCUUCGGUAUCCAACAUGAUGCAGGUCCAGGUGCUCUGCUACACUGUCUUCCCCAUCAUGAAGCACUUUCCCACCAACCCCUCCAGCCUGAGUGUUUAAGUGCCAAUGUCUCCACUUGGCUGCCUAGCCUGCCUGCUCACCUCUUGGGGGUGCCUACUGUCAAUGGCACCACCUGUGCCUUGCGUCUGCUCUUUGCUACAGAACAGGUGACUCGUCUCCUUGGCCAGCCCUCUAACCCUGGACUACAGCACCUUGGGCACUAUGUGGUUCGAGCUUCUGUGGACAAUGGUGUGUCUAGCCACAACCUGUCCUGUAGCUUUGAUGUGCUCUCGCCUGUGGUAGGACUCAGAGUCAUUCAUCCUACCCCCCAGAGUGGUCGAUUCUACGUUUCUACCAACUGGACUUAUCUAAUGCUGAAGAUCAGCUCAGGAGUCAACUCCACAGCCAGUCGGCUGGGAAGCAACCAGAGUGUGCCCUUUGAAGCCUCUUGCCCUCCAGGGGUGGCCCGGUUGACAGCAGACUGUAUCCGGGAAACCAAUGACACCUGGUUUGCGUUACUUGAACUUGAUGGUCUUGGGGAAGAUGAAAGCCUGGUAGAGAUUGUGGCAGAGAACCGUGUGAGCCGUGAGAACAUCAGCAUCCAGGUGAAGGCUGAAGAGCCUAUCCGCGGACUCAGUGCCACCCCAAAUCCCCAGACCCGGGUGUUGCAGAGCACCCUAGUGAGAUACAGCCCUGUAGUUGAUGCUGGCUCUGAUGUCGUCUUUAAGUGGACCAUCGACGAUAAGCAGUCUCUGACCUUCUACAACAUUGUCUUCAAUGUCAUCUACCAGAGUGCUGCUGUCUUUAAGCUCUCGCUGACAGCCUCCAACCAUGUGAGUAAUGUCACCGUGAACUACAAUGUCACAGUGGAGAAGAUGAAUAAGAUGAGAGACCUGGUGGUGUCAGAGGUUCCAGCCAUCAUUCCACAGAACACCACUCUGCAGCUUGGCGCCAGUGUUCAAGUGGACUCAGCCGUGGAAGCAGCUUUCCUGUGGACAUUUGGGGAUGGGGAGCAAGAGAGUGGUCAGUUCAAGCCCCCAUACAACGAGUCCUUUCUGGUUCCUGAGCCUGGUGUCCAUCAAGUGCUAAUUGAACACAAUGUCACGCAUACCUACCAUGUCCCAGGUGACUAUAACCUCACAGUGUUUGUGUUCAAUACCUUUGAGAAUCUGACCCAACAGGUACCUCUGAGUGUCCGGGCUUCCUUGCCCCAUGUCACUGUGGAGACGGACAGUGGAGCCCUGGUGGUCGGCCACCCCAUCACCUUUACUCCAUGCCCGCUGCCCUCUCCAGCUGGUGUUCUGUACACAUGGGACUUUGGGGAUGGAUCCCCGGCCGUGCUGAAGAGUGAGCCAGCAGUCAGCCAUACCUACAUGAGCAGAGGGGUAUUUAACAUCAGCCUGGUGGUCAACAAUACUGUGAGCAGUGUGAGGGCACACCUCUCUGUCCGCGUGUUUGAGGAGAUUCAGGGACUGCGAGUGAGUCCCAUUGCAGCCACAGAAAAAGGCAUGGCUGUCACUGUCAAUGCUUCGGUGGAAGCCGGGGACAAUAUUACGUGGACCUUUGAUAUGGGAGAUGGCACAGUCCUAACUGGCCCAGAGGCCUCUGUCCAGCAUGUCUACUUACAGGAUGAGAACUGCACCAUCAAGGUGACUGCAGCCAACCCUGUCAGCUCCAUCUCCCAGGUCCUGCCCAUCCAUAUUUUUGUCCUAGAAGUGCUAAAGAUUGAGCCUUCAUCCUGCAUCCCUGAGCAGCCUGAGGUCCAAUUAACUGCCCAUGUGACUGGGGACUAUACGCACUAUAUCUUUGACUGGACUUUUGGGGAUGGUUCAUCCAAUGCCACCGUUCACGGCCACCCCACAGUAACUCAUAACUUCACCCACAGUGGGAUUUUCCCUCUGUCACUGGUCCUGUCCAGCCUUGUCAACAAGGCGCAUUACUUCACCAGUGUCUGUGUGGAGCCUGAGGUUAGCAACAUCACCCUUCGACCUGAAAGACAGUUUGUGAGGCUUGGAGAGGAAGCCAAGCUUGAGGUGCAGGCCUUCCCACCAUUUUUCUACCGUUACUCUUGGGAUUUUGGGGCCAAUGACUCUGCCCGCUCGGGAGGCACUGAGGUGAGCUACACUUACAAGGUCCCUGGAAUCUACCUGGUCACAGUGACGGUAUCCAACAAUGUCUCCUCAGACAAUGAUACAGCGUUUGUGGAGGUUCAGGAACCCAUGGGCAUCACCAGCAUCGAGGUCAACAGCUCUCAUGUGCUGGAGCUAAACCAGCCCUAUCUGUUCUCAGUUAUGGGCAAUGGGAGCCCAGCUAGCUACAGCUGGGACCUGGGGGAUGGCCAGAGGCAAGAGGGCCUGCAGGUCAUCCACGCCUACAAUCACACGGGCAGCUACACAGUCAGUGUGAUGGGCUGGAAUGAUGUGAGUCACAGCGAAGCACAGCUCAAUGUCACAGUCAAGAGGAGGGUCCAGGGUCUGAGCGUCAAUGCCAGCCGGACGGUGGUGCCGCUGAAUGGCUCUGUGAGUUUCAGUACCACACUGCAGGCAGGGAGUGAUGUGCGCUAUUCCUGGGUCCUAUGUGAUCGCUGCACCCCCAUCCCAGGCUCCUCCACCAUAUCUUACACUUUCCGUUCCGUAGGAACCUUCAACAUCAUUGUCACUGCCGAGAAUGAGGUCAGUUCCCUGCAGGGCAGCAUCGUCAUUUAUGUGCUGCAGCAGAUUGAGGGGCUGCAGAUGCUGGGCGGGGGUGAUGGUGGCUGCUUUCCCACCAACCACACCCUCCAGCUUCAGGCAGCAGUGAAGGAUGGCACCAACAUCUCCUACAGUUGGACGGUGCAGCGGGAGAGUGUCCCCAUCCACACUGCCCAAGGCAAGGUCUUUCCACUGAUUGUCUCUGAGGCCGGCACUUACCAUGUCCAGCUAAAGGCCAUCAACAUGCUGGGAAGUGCCAUGGUCAACAGGACCCUUGAGUUUGUGGAGAAUGUGGGGCAGUUGGCAGUGUCUGCUUCCCCCAACCCUGCUGCUAUUAACACAUCUGUCAACAUCAGUGCUGAGAUAUCUGGUGGCACCAGCAUCACCUACACCUGGCUCUUUCAAGAGGGCAUAUCUGUGGAAGCCACAGAACCAUUUGUCAUCCAUUCAUUCUCCAGCCCAGGCCUGUGGGCAGUCACUGUCAUAGCCAAGAACCAACUUGGCUCAAUCAAUGCUACAAUCCAUGUGGAUGUGCAGGAGCCUGUGUCUGGCCUCACUGUUGGGUGCGGGGAGUUAGGCAGCAGUUUUGUGGUCUCAGGCUCUGUUGUUCACUUCUGGGGGGAUCUGGAGCACGGGAGCAAUGUAAGUUGGUCCUGGGAGUUGCCAGAUAGCACUAGGAGUGGACAAAGAAUGGCUAAUGUCUUUCCCAGUGCUGGUACCUUCUCCAUCGGGCUUAAUGCCUCCAAUGCUGUCAGCUGGACCACAGCCAGCUGCAACAUCACUGUGGAGGAUCCCAUUCAGGGGCUAGAGCUCUGGGCAAGCAGCAGGGUGGUAGAACCAGGGGAAAGGGUCCAUUUCAGCAUCCGCCUGACCUUGGGCUCAGAUGUAAAUUACCAUCUCCUGAUCAGUGGGGGAGUCACCACAGCUCUGGGUGGGUCCAACUUCUCCUAUAGUUUCCCUAGAGUGGGUGACUAUAUGGUGACUGUGCAGGCAGAGAAUCACGUGAGCUGGGAGCAGGUCCAGGUGCGCAUCUCUGUCCUGGAAGCCAUUAGUGGGCUACAGAUUGUGGGCUGCUGUGAGCUAGGUAUACCUACAGGUGGGGAGAGAAAUUUCACAGCCCGGGUACAGAGGGGGUCACGAGUCUCGUACGCCUGGGAUUUCUCCCUGCAGAAGGUUCAGGGUGACUCUCUGGUUAUCCUCUCUGGCCGAGAGGUGGCUUACACCCCUGUGGCGGCCGGCCAGCUUGAGAUCCAUGUCCGUGCCUUCAAUGACCUGGGCAGUGUCAACCUCACCAGGACCAUAGAGGUUCAGGACCUCAUCCAGGCAGUGGAUCUCCAUCCUGGAAGCUGCUUCACAAACCGAUCAGCACAAUUUGAGGCAGCCACAAUACCAAGCCCCCGACGUGUGUUUUAUCGUUGGGAUUUUGGAGAUGGGUCCCAGACCCAAGUGACCUCCACACCCUUGUCUAACCACACUUACCUGCUUCCUGGGGACUACAGCAUAAAAGUCAAUGCCUCCAACCUAGUUAGUUUCUUGGUGGCCAAGGCCACAGUGACAGUACGAGUGCUGGAGUGUGAGGAGCCAGAGGUAGAGGUGGCCCUGCCCACCCAAGUGGUGAUGCGUCGGUCUCAACGCAGCUACCUGGAGGCACAUAUCAACUUACGGGGCUGUGUCACCUACCAAACUGAAUACCAUUGGCAAGUGUACCGGGCAGCCAGCUGCUUGCAUUACAAGCGUUCUGCCCACGUGCCACUGCCCGGCGUGGAUGUGAGCCGGCCUCAGUUGGUUGUGCCACGGCUGGCCCUGGCUGUGGGUGACUACUGCUUUGUCUUUGUGGUGUCCUUUGGGGACACACCCCUAUCACGCAGCAUUCAGGCCAAUGUGACUGUGACACCUGGCCGUCUUGUGCCCAUCAUUGAUGGUGGCUCCUAUAGAGUCUGGUCCAACAUACGGGAUCUAGUGCUUGAUGGUGGCAAAUCUUAUGACCCCAACCUGGAGGACGGUGACCAGACCCUCCUCAGCUUCCACUGGGCCUGCGUCUCUUCCUCCAAGAGUCAUCCUGGAGGAUGUCCCUUAAACUUUGGCCCCCGGGGGAGCAGCAUGAUCACCAUUCCCAAGGAGCGGCUUGAGGCUGGCGUCGAAUAUACAUUCAACCUGACUGUCUGGAAGGCAGGGAGGAAGGAAGAAGUGACCAAUCAGACGGUGCUGAUCAGGAAUGGUCUGGUGCCCAUUGUGUCUCUGGAAUGUGUUUCCUGCAAAGCACAGUCGGUGUACGAAGUGAGCAAGAGUUCCUAUGUCUACCUGGAGGGGACCUGCCACAACUGCAGUAGUGGCUCUAAGCGAGGGCGAUGGGCAGCCCAGACAUUCAGCAACAAAUCCCUCAUCCUGGAUGAGUCGACGACUUCAACAGGCAGCUCGGGCAUGCGGCUGGUUCUGAGGCGAGGCGUGCUCCGCGACGGCGAGGGCUACACCUUCACCCUGACUGUGUUGGGCUGCUCUGGGGAGGAAGAAGGCUUUGCUUCCAUUGACCUGUUCCCCAAUCGCCCCCCUUUUGGGGGUUCUUGUCGCCUCUUCCCCCAUGAGGCCGUCAGGGCUCUCACCACCAAGGUUCACUUUGAGUGUACAGGCUGGCUGGACACAGAGGACGAGGAUGCUCCACUGGUGUAUUCCUUACUUUUGCGGCGCUGCCGUCAAGGCUACUGCGAGGAAUUCUGCAUCUACAAAGGCAGUCUUUCUGCAUAUGGAGCUGUGUUGCCCCCUGGCUUUAAGACCCAUUUCACUGUGGACCUCUCUGUGGUUGUGCAGGACCAGUUAGGCGCUGCUGUGGUAGCCCUGAACAGGUCUCUGCUUAUUACUUUGCCUGAGCCUUCUGCCGGCUUCCACUGUCUUACCCACUGGCUGUACAGCCUGACCGAGACAGUCCUGCCCGGGCUGGUGAAACAGGCCGACCCCCAGCAUGUCAUCGAGUACUCCUUGGCCCUCAUCACCGUCCUCAAUGAGUAUGAACAGGUGACAUCUUCAGAGGAAGAGGCCAGCCAUGAGAGGCACCUCCGUGUGCUGAUGCGAAGAAAUAUUACUGAGAUCCUUGUUUCCCUUCGUGUCAACACUGUAGAUGAUAUUCAGCAGAUUUCAGCUGCGCUGGCCCAGUGCACGGUAGCAAGUAAGGAGUUUGUAUGCCACUCUUGCCUGAAAAAAACCCUGAACAAGCUGGAGAACAUGAUGGCCAUCCUGCAAAAUGAGACCACGCAAGGCACAGUGACCCCCACGGCCAUUGCGGACAACAUCCUCAACAUCACUGGUGACCUCAUUCACCUGGUAAACUCAGAUACCCAAGACCUAGAGCCUACAGAGCUAUGCAGCAAACCCCACACCCUUCUAGUGGCCUCCAAGGCUUAUAACCUCUCAUCUGACCUAAUGCGAAUCCUCAUGAAAUCUCGAGUGCUGAAUGAGGAACCGCUGACCCUAGCGGGGGAAGAGAUUGUGGCUCGAGGCAAACGUUCGGACCCCUUCAGCCUGCUGUGUUAUGAGAACACUUCUGAUUGCCAGUUUUCCAUCCCACCUGCUUUCAACAGCACCUUCUCUGACCUCACUGACGUCAUCCAGCUCAUCUUCCUCGUAGACUCCAACCCCUUUCCCUUCGGCUACAUCAGCAACUACACAGUCUCCACUAAGGUGGCUUCCAUGGCCUUCCAGACUCAGGCAGGGGCCCAGAUCCCAAUAGAGCGGCUGGGCUCCGAGAAGGCCAUUACUGUCAAGGUAUCUAACAACACCAGCGGAGGGGGUGGGGACCAAGUCCUCUCUACCGACACUGCUAUCAUCCAGCCUCGCACAUCUGUCAGCGCCAUCAUUGACCCUCAAAACCACAACCCUGAGGCUGGUCUGCACUUCCGACUUAACUACACUGUGCUGAAUGAGCGCUACCUGUCUGAGGAGCCCGAGCCCUUCCUGGCUGUCUAUCUGCACUCGGCUCCCCAGCCCAAUGAGUACAACUGCACGGCCAGCAAGAAGAUUGGGUUAAAGGCAUUGACUGGAGGUGACCACAGGCCUUACACCUUCUUCAUCUCUCCAGGGACGGACGAUACAACAGCAAGUUACUACCUGAAUAUGACCAGCCAUUUCCGUUGGUCCGAGGUCGAAGUGACGGUGGGCCUCUACACGUCGCUGUGCCAGUAUUUCAAUGAGAAGGAGAUGAUGUGGAAGACAGAGGGCAUCGUGCCCCUGGAAGAGACCACCCCCAGCCAGGCUGUCUGCCUCACCCGCCACCUCACAGCCUUUGGUGCUAGCCUCUUUGUUCCACCCAGCUCCAUCAAAUUCAUCAUCCCUGACCCAGCUCCAGGCAUCAACUAUAUUGUGCUCCUAACUUGCGCUGUGUGCCUGGCCACCUAUGCAGUGACAGCUUUGAUUGUCCACAAGCUGGACCUGAUGGACGUCAGCCGAGUGAGCAUCAUCCCCUUCUGUGGGAAGAAUGGUCGCUUCAAGUAUGAGAUACUUGUCAAGACUGGCUGGGGCCAGGGCUCAGGCACAACAGCCCAUGUGGGCAUCACCCUUUAUGGGGCAGAUGGCAGAAGUGGACACCGGCACCUGGAUGGAGAGAGUGCUUUCCAUCGAAACAGUCUAGAUAUCUUCCAAAUUGCCACACAGCGAAGCCUUGGAAGCGUGUGGAAGAUCCGAGUGUGGCAUGACAACAAAGGGCUUAGCCCAGCCUGGUUCCUGCAGCACAUUAUUGUCCGGGAUCUACAGACUGGCCGAAGCGCCUUCUUCUUGGUGAAUGAUUGGUUGUCAGUGGAGACUGAGGACAAUGGGGGUCUGGUGGAGAAGGAAGUCCUAGCAGCCAGUGAUGCCACCCUGCGCCGGUUCCCGCGGCUGCUGACAGCAGAACUCCAGAGAGGCUUCUUUGAGAAGCACAUCUGGCUGUCAUUGUGGGACCGCCCCCCACGAAGCCGCUUCACUCGGGUCCAGCGGGCUACUUGCUGUGCUCUCCUCAUCUGCCUCUUCCUAGGUGCCAAUGCUGUGUGGUAUGGAGUUGUGGGAGAUGUCAAUCACAGCAAUGUACCCAUUUCCAGCCUGAUCCCUUUAAGUGUGGACACAGUGGCUGUUGGCCUGGUGUCCAGUGUCGUUGUCUACCCCCUCUACCUGGUCAUCCUCUUUCUCUUCCGAAUGUCCCGGAGCAAGGUAUCAGUAAGCCCUGACCGCAGCCCUGGGGGGCAGCAGGUGCUGGACAUUGAGAACUACCUGGAGACAUCGGUCUUAGACAGUUCCUUCCUCACUUUGUCUGGGCUCCGUGCUGAGGCAUUUUCUGGACAAACUAAAACAGAUUUGUUUCUGGAUGAUUCUAAAAGCCUGAUGCGCUGGCAGUCCAGUGAUGGCACUCUUAGCUGGCCAGACCUUCUCAGUGACCCUUCCAUCAUGGGUAACACCCUUCAGAGGCUGGUACGGGCCCAGACUGGAAACACUCAGGCCCUGGAGGUCAUGGAAGAAGAUGGUCUCUCCCUGGGCAGCCCCCCUUCCCAGACCAAGUACUUCUCCACCUCAGACGAAGAUCUGAUCCGACAGAUACUUGCUGAGGGGGACAGCAGCGUUGCCCCUGCUAGAGACACCCACCUGGAAACGGAUCUCCUCACUGGCCUGUCUGGCUCUCUGGGGGCAAAAACUGAGACACUGAUGCUACAGAGGCUGAAUGAGAAGGGACUGUCCCCCGUGGCCCCCCCAAAGGAGCUGUUCCAGUCAGCAAAGUUCACCAGAGAAGGGCUGGCUGAGGGUCUGCAGAAGCGGCUGCUUCCUCCGUGGUGUGCCCCCCUUGCCCAUGGGCUCAGCCUCCUGCUCGUGCUGGUGGCCGUGGGCAUCUCGGGCUGGAUCGGCACCGACUUUACGUCCAGCGUUGGCGUCAUGUGGCUCAUCUCAGGCAUCUUCAGCUUUCUGUCUUCAUUCCUGGUCUGGGAACCUCUCAAGGUCCUGCUGGAAGCCCUCUACUUCUCUCUAGUGGCCAAGCGGCUCCACCCAGAGGAGGACGACACUCUGGUGGAGUGUCCGGCCGUGGAGCCCGUGUGUGAGCGGAUCCCCCGAGUGCGGCCCCCGCAGGGCUUUGCCCUCUUCCAGGCCAAGGAGGAGGCUCGGAAAGUCAAGCUACUGCACAGGAUGCUCAAGAAUUUUCUGGUGUACAUGCUGUUCCUGCUGGUGACCCUCCUCACUAACUAUGGAGACGCUUCAAACCAUACCCACGCCUACCGUCUGCAGAGCUCCAUCAAACAAGAGCUGGACAGCAAGGCCUUCCUGGCAAUCACCAGGUCAGAUGAAUUCUGGGUGUGGAUGUCACGAGUGCUGCUCCCCUACAUCCAUGGGAACCAAUCUGCCCUGGAGCUGGGGCCCCCACGGCUCCGGCAAGUUCGGCUACGGGAAGCACUCUGCCCGGAUGCUCUGGGAAGCGUAAGAAGAAUGUGUACCACAUCCAGCAGCUUCAGCACCAAGGAUUACGAGGUUGGCUGGGAAAGCAGCUCCCCAAACGGGACAAGGGCAUGGGCCUAUUCAGCACCUGACUUGGCAGGGGUCUGGUACUGGGGCUACUUCUCUGUCUACGACAGUGGCGGCUACAUCCAGGAACUGGGAGUCAGCCUGGAGGAGAGUCGAGAAUUGCUGGGCUUCCUGCAGCAGCACAAUUGGAUUGACAACAUGAGCCGGGCGGUAUUUGUGGAGCUCACGCAGUACAGCCCAGCUGUGGGGCUCCACGCUGCGGUCACGCUGCGCCUCGAGUUUCCGGUGUCGGGACGAGCUUUGACGGCCAUCAGCGUCCGGCCCUUCCCCCUGCAGCGGCUCAGUGCAGGCGUCACCCUGCAGUUGCUGAUGAUGGUUUUUCUGAUGCUCUUUGUCGUGUACUUCGUGGUGGCUGAGGCCCUGGCCAUGCAGAAGGAGGGCCAGGCGUACCUGGUUCGUGCAGGGGCUUGGGGCCAGUGGUUGCUGAUCCUCUUGACCACGGCCACCGUGCUCAUCCAUCUGAGUCAGCUGAGCCUGGCCGACCAGCAGUGGGGCCGUUACCUGAAACGCCGUCCCCACCACUUCACCAGCUUCUACCAAGUGGCUCAGCUUAGCUCAGCCUUUGCCAGCCUGGCCGCAUCUCUGCUCUUCCUGCUGAUGAUCAAGGCUGCCCAGCAACUUCGUUUCAUCCGUCAGUGGUCAGUGUUUGGGAAAACCCUCUACCGCUCAGUGAGAGAGUUGGUGGCUGCUGGCUUAGCCCUUCUAGUGCUGGCUAUAGCCUAUACCCAGCUAGGCUUCAUGCUGUUUUCCUCCUGCUCUGACUCCCUUCGAAGCAUGGGCUGGGAUCUCUUCCUGCUGUGCCCGGCGGGUGGGGACCCCCAUCUGUGUCCCUCAGAGCCCUGGCGUCUCUCGCCCUUGCUAUGCACCAGCCUCAUGGUGCUGCAGCUGUGGGGGGCUCUGCGGCUGGGGGCCGUUGUGCUGCGGAGGCGCUACCACGCCCUUAGGGGAGAGCUUUACCGCCCAGCAUGGGAGCCCCAGGAUUAUGAGAUGGUGGAGCUAUUUCUGCGGCGCCUGCGCCUCUGGAUGGGUUUCAGCAAGGUCAAGGAGUUUCGACAUAAGGUCCGGUUUGAGGGGAUGGAACCACUGCCCUCACGCUCAUCAAGUGAUUCCAAAUCAUCUCAGGAUGUGUCCCCACCGAGUGCUGGCUCAGACACCUCACGCCCAUCCACCUCCUCCAGUCAGCUGGAUGGGAUGAGCCUGCUGAUGGGCCGAGCAGGGGCCCGGGGUGACCCUGAGCCAGAGCCCUCUCGCCUCCUCUCAGUCUUCGAGGCUCUGCUAGCCCAGUUUGACCGCCUUAACCAGGCCACGGAGGAUGUGUACCAGUUGGAACAGCGACUGCAGGGGCUGCGAUGUCAGAGAUCCAGUGGCCAUUUGGCCAGCCCACCCUGGGGCCCUGGCCCUCCCGUGCUUUCACCUUCCCCAGGCCCCUCCCUUGGGAUCCAGACCACUCUGCCAGCCAGGAUAGCACGGGCCAGCAGGGGUAUUGGCAUGGCAACUGCUCAGUCUUCUUCCAGCUCACCUCUUGUGAGGGCAUCGAUAAGGGCAAAGAACAGGAUCCACCCCAGCCUUACAUAGAGGGGAACCUGGCCCGGCUGGAGUAGGAGCCCUUGGUACUAUUAUGGCUCCAGCUUGAAUCCCUAAUAUCAGACCACUUCCUAGGGUACCUCCUUUGGCCAUGCUCCAAGCCAGGCUUCCUUCCCUUAGCAUGUGGGCUGUAGUUUGUCCCUGGCUGCAGCUCCCUAUACCUGAAGCAGGGAUGCCUCUCAGUAUUAAGCUCUCUUACCCAGGGGUUCUAGCUUCCCUUUCCCCAUCCCACAGUAGUGAUGUACUUGGGCCCAGGGGUUACGGGAAAGGGAGAAACAACGGUACCCAGAUCCAGAGCAUGGUCUCUCUGGCCAGGAAUCCUGAGCCCUGGGUGGAGGGGCUCCAAAACUCAGCACUUUAAUGGAGGCUUUCUUAACAGGCAGGGACCCAAGUAUUCCCAACACUCCAGAACAGGGCUGGGGUGAAGAGCAGUAUUGGAUUUUUUUAGGCCUAAAAUUGAAAUAAGCAGGAACCAAAGGUGUGACCACCAUGUAUAGGGGAGGGGGGCUCACUGUGGUGAUGGUAGCUGGAGGGGGAGACAGGUCCCUUAGGAUGGUGGAACAGAUUCUCCUCCCCUGAUCCUCAUGUGUCUGAAGUAGAACAUGAGGGUGGGGGAAGGGAGCAGAUGGAGGUUGGGGCCUUUGAGGGCUAAGGAUUCAGCCCCUCAUACCCUAAUUUAUUACCUGGGCCCUCAGGUACAGCGGGGCUGUGCCUGCCCCACCUCCCCCAGUGGCAGGCACCUCCUCACACUAAGGGCACCCCAGCCUGCCUCCCCCAACCCCUAAGUUAUUGCCACCCCCUACACUUACAUUCCAGCCACUGUCUCACCAUGUAUAUGUAUAUUGUCAGUAAUUUAUAUGGGGUUAAAAUGUAUAUAUUUUUGUAUGUCGCUAUAUUUUCAUAGCACUGGGGUGGGGAGAGAGCUGCAACACAUGUAGUUGAGCCUCUCCCCUCCCACCAAUUAUUUAAGGUGAUGUUCCCGAGGGCACAGCCCUCACUGAGUUUGCUGUAUAUAAAGUGUUAGUGGUGUGUGUGGAUGCCCCAGAGCUGGGGGCCUAGGGAGCUGGGUUGCUCCUGGAGCCCCAUGCCAGGGCCAUGGGCUUGGGCUUCCAGCAGGCUUUUAAGGCUGGUGUGAGGAGUAGCUCAGAGGCCAGAGGGGCAGGACCCAGGUCAGUGAGCGGGGUCAGGGUGUGGAGCAGGUAACGAGGGG